UUACAACUGUCAGACUGUCAAAUGACCUUUCAAUUAGUGUGACCUGUUAAAUGUUCAUUAAUUGCUAAGUGCACUUUUUCAAGCAGAGAUAACUAUUGAUUAAGUUAUCAGCAUUUGACUUGGUAACCCUGUUAUCUACUGCCCAACAGUUUAUAAACAGUGAAAUCUUGGUCAAACACAUGCUGGAUUAAAGAAUGGAUUAGCUUCUUUGAUGGCAGUUCAGGAAAUUAAAACUGAGGAGUCCAGAAACAUAAAAUUAACCAACAACUUCAACCAAAACAAAUCAGAACCAUAUAUCCUGUUGAGAUGGAAACAGGAAAUCCUCAAAAAGAAACUAAUUUGCACAUAGAAAAGCUGAGCAUAGAAAUUGAGUCUUUGAAUCUCAAUUCAAACACCAUAGGUUUGACAUUAAUUGGUGUUUAUUUAUCACUGUUGUUAGUCCAGUUGGUAAGGAAUGUAAUCUCCUGGACUACCUGGUCAUUUGUAGAAUUGGUGCUCAUUUUUCUCAGUAGCUUAGUAUUAUUCAUGUUGGAUUACAUAGUAACUGGAUACUCAAUAUGUAUCUUUGGGUUGUUUCAUCACUGGAGUUGUCUCCCUCAACACUAUAUAUCCGUGGAAAACAAAGCCAUUCUUGUAACAGGGUGCGACAGAGGAAUAGGGUAUGAGCUUGCCAAGAAGCUUGACUCAAUGGGUUACCAUGUAUUUGCUGGAUGUCUGUUUAAGGGCCAAAAAGGGGAACAAGCGCUAGUGGCUGACUGCUCCACAAGACUGCAAACACUUCAGAUGGACGUGAGGAAUCGAGAGCAAGUCAAACAGGCCGCCAUCCAGGUUCAAGCCAAGCUUGGACAUAACAAACUGUGGGCUGUCAUAAAUAAUGCAGGGAUCUGUUAUAUUGGCAACAUAGAGAUCAUGUCAACAGAUGACAUCGAGAAUGUCAUGGCUAUAAACUACAUGGGACCAAUAAAUGUUUGCCGAGCAUUUUUACCUCUCAUACGAAGAAGCAAAGGGCGUCUAGUUAAUGUAGCUAGCAAUGCAGGUUUGGCUCCUAUUCCACAUAUGGGAGUCUACUGCGCUUCAAAAGCUGCACUGGCCACAUUUUCUGAGAGUUUACGAUAUGAGCUGGAGCAAUGGGGUGUUAAAGUAUCAACAAUUGUUCCCAGUGGUUACAAAACAGGAAUUCUGGCAUACGACAAAACUGCCGCAGCUGAAAGAUGGUGGAAAUCUGCCAGUCAGACAGUAAAAGAUGACUUUGGGAAAGAAUGUUUUACACCAGAAUUUAAAUAUGAAAACCAUGAAUCAUCAACAACUCCUGACCUCUCACCUAUAGUGAACACGAUUGUAAUGGCUGUGUCGGUGAAAAAUCCUCAACCAUUUUAUUACAGUGGUUUCCUAGCAAGAACUUUACCCUUUGUUUACCUGCAUCUUCCGUCAAUUCUACAAGAACCUGUUAUGAAGCUACUGGGUCACUGGUUCAACUUCAAACCAGAAGCUUUAAAACAAUGUGAUAAGAAUGACAGAAGCAAUAAGAGGUUUAAACUAGGAAAGGUACACUGAACUUGUAAGACAUCAAUACAAAUAAAAUAAGUGCUUUAAUAGUU